UCUGGGAGGGAGCUGUCUCAUACCUCUCCUUUAUCUCCUGGACGCACGUUGGACUCCUGUCGAUCUAUAUCGAUUUUUGAGUCGGAGUCGUUGAGUUUUUCGGCCAACCGCGCUGAUGGUGGCAACAAGGAAGCACACCGUUCGUUUGGUUUUUUCUUACCCGAGAGAGAUCCCAGCCAGAACGAGCCAGAAACAUCGUAUCGACAUUUGUCGAAACAUCAUCGACUCGUCGAAAAAUGCAUCGUUUCGACGUAUUUUUUGGCCCUCUAGUUCGACCAACGACGUCGAAAUGACGGCGUUACGACAUGUCAUUUGUGGCUGGACAAAGCAGGCUGCCUCUUCUUCCCGCCGUUCCUGAAAAGCCUCUAGCUUAGGAUGCCCUUUCCACCUGUAUUCUUCUCUGAAUAUUCAAAACUCUAGUCCACUUUUUAUUUAGAAAUCUGUUGUAAGAUAAAUUUUCCAAAGGUCUCCUAAUAUUUUUUUACAAAAACCGACUCCAGGUGAAAAGCUUCCAGUUUUGUUUUGUUGGCAUCAUGAUACUGAUGAAGGGAGGGAAAUAUUGACGUUGACGAGGAAGGACGAGUCGUGUCGCAGGCUCAACGGCAAAAUGGGUGAUUUUGUUGAGGCUGUUAAACCUAUUGAACGAGAUAUAAAUGACAUUUUGAUGUCCUUAGAGCGUCACCUUCUUUCCUGUGAUGGCACAGAAAUUGUAAUCGCACGUUCACGUGCUCUUAAAACCAGAGUGAUACCAAUUGCACAAUUCUUAACUGGUCCAUAUAAAGUAGAUUUAGUUCAGCGUUUACGACCACUUCUCCAGCAUCAUCUAAUUAGUCUAGCGAAAAACAUUGGAAAUAUAUUAGAAGCCUUGACAGAAGAUUUUCGAGAUCUACCUCUGGAUGUAGGAUUAGCAUUGAUAGAAGAGGUUAAACAUGCUAUCUCCAAAACUGGUAACAUCCUAUCAGACUAUCAUGGUAUUCUCCUUAAAAUAAUCAUAAAUCUCAUGGGUAUGAAUACGGAAUAUCAUGAAAUACUGCGCACAACAAAAUGCCUGGAGUACAUUUUGUAUGUGCUAUGCAGCUUGGAAAUAAGGAAUCUUACUGAUGAAGAAGCCCUGCUCUCUAUAGUGGAUGUGGUUCUAUUAGCAGCAGAAAAGGAUAAUCAGAAUAAAGUUCUCAUUUCAAAAUUUAUAAUACCCAUGGUUUUAGGGAAUCUGUCUCAAUGGCCUAAGGAUCCUUCAGCCAAAUUCAUUUUAAAAAAUUUGCUCUUUUUAUCCAGAGAAACCAUAUCUAAUUUAGCUCUCUGUCAGGAAAUAUUUCUUGAAAAUAGUGGCAUUGAAGUUCUUGUCAGAGUUCUUGAGGAAAUUGAUAUGACAGACCUAAUGGAUGACUACAAAAGUCAUCCUUUCGAUUGGGCACGAACUCUGUUUUCAAGUAUUGUAUGUCUUCUUGACUCCGCUGUUUCUCAUAACAGAAAAGUAUGCCAAAAGGCUCACGAAAUGGAAGUGCUUUUUAUUUUAAAGGGAUAUCUGCACGUUACACCUGCAGAUCAACAAGGAUUUCUUAUAGCCUGUUGCGUGCACAUUUUGGAAGGGGGAGUUCCCUAUCCAGAUAUUAAAAUGGUGAAUGACAUGUACAAUAUACUUACACAACUAAGUUCUAAGGACAGAGCCCUUAUCCCUUCUGCUGAUCUCCAGAGAUUUUUGUUAGAGCUAUUGGCUGAAAGUCUGAGUGUCAGAAGUGAAAAAUCACACAAUAAGAAAUGUGGUACUCCUCAUCCUAGUCGUGUUAAAAAAAUAGGAUUGGCGAUGUCAAAGAAUAUGUUUCCAAUAGAUCAUCCUGCCACAGAUUCAUGUAAGGACAUGUUAUUAUCCCAUCUUCCGAAUGAAGUGAAACCAGCUGCUGUGCAGUCUCCUGAGAAACGGAAAGUCAAAUUUUUUAUUAGUUAUGCUGAACUCAUUGUAUUCACGAAUUGUGUAAGAAUGUAUGGCAUCAAUAUGAGAGCAAUUCGUAAAGUUUACCCUUUUCACAAGGAUCUGACACCAGGAGACUUAUAUGCUGUAUGGAGAGCUAUGUGGAAGAAGAGGUAGUAAAAUGACAGUAUUGUAACAAGUGGUAUCCAAACACUUUCAUUUAUUUUUUUUAAUAAAUUCUAUAUGAAGAUUUACCUGAUAGAGAGAGAGAGAAUCGAGGUUUUUUGGCCAAUAAAUGGCGUCGCCAACGGAA